GUCAGUGGUUGCAUGAUGUCACAAUAUGAUGAAGAUAUAUAUGAGAGUCCAUUCUUUGUUGCCCUAGAAAAACAACACAAGUCUUUGUUUGAUAAGGCAACAGCCAAUAGAUGGGUGAUUUGUGUUCCAAAGUUUUCUGCAGUGAAGAAAGAUGAAUUAGGAACAAAAGAUUUUGAGGAUCAUAUAUUGAUACCAGCAGUUGAUAAUGACAGUGCCUUUACUACAGUCUCUAAACAUAAAGUUGAAAUUCAGUCAGGUCAGAUCAAUCUUGCCUCAGGAUUAAAAGCAGGAAAAGUAGAUAUUUUAUUUGAAGAGACAUUCUACAAACACAAAGAUGAAAGUUUACAGGGUGGUCUGUGUAUCAGGAUGAUUCAUCAGAUUCAGGGGAUAGAUUCAGACUGGAGCAAAAUUCCUGUCACCUAUGAUGAAUGUAUACAUAUACUUUGGGACAUUCAAGGUAGUAGUAAAACAAAAGAAAAUUUUGACAAGAUGUUGAAGAUAUUUUGCGGGGAGUAUCAGAGAUUUGAGGGGACAGCUGACAGCAUUCCUAAUCUUUGCAGUAUGUUUAUAGUAUCACUGUAUCAUUAUACAUUUGAUCUGGUAGCAUCCCACGUAACCAAGGCCUAUGCAGAUUGUACUAAAGAUCCACAGAUAAAAAAACUUGUUAAACAAGAAGACAUGUUCAUGGCCAGUUUAAAGGUAGCUGUUGAGACAUAUAUGAUGAAUGCUGUACAUAAACACUUGUUUACUACAAUCACAGCUUGUGUCAAAUCUUCGGAUGCCCUCAUUAACAAGAUGACGAGAAACUUGCUAGAUAUUCGACUUCACAAUCUGGACAUUAGAUCAGAGUUUGAGGAAAACUUACCAUAUGCUAAGAAGGAAGUUUCCAGAUUAAACCAGUUUAGCACUCCACUUGGAAGGGUUCUGUGUUUGAAGAGAGUUGUAACGGCUUUGACAAAACCGCUGUUUAAAUCACAGGAAAAUGAAGGUUUAAUGAUGUCCUCUGAUGAGCUGUUGCCUUUAUUGAUAUACCUCAUUAUCAAAUCUCAGAUGGCUAACUGGACAGCUAAUCUAAUGUACAUGAAGUAUUUCCAGGUUGCCAAAAUGACAGAAAGUAAUGAGUUCAGUUUUUACUUGGCAACAAUAGAAGCUGCCCUGGAUUACAUCAGUUCAGGCAAUUUGAAGCAAGGUAAAGAAACAGGCUUUAGCAGACAGACAUCUGGAAGUACAACAACCAGCAAAGAUAAAUUCUUUCAAUAUGUCCAGUAUGGAGAUGAAGCUGCAGUAAGCCUGAUGUUGAAGAAACAUAAACCUACAACUGAUGAUAUCUCCACUAAGCUGUGUCACCCUCUAUGUACAUGUGAUAAAUGUUUUGAAAUUACAAGUCAAUCUUCACAAAACUCUGGGGCUGUCUCCUCCAUAGCUAGAGAUGAUAUGGGUAGAACAGCUUUGCAUUUAGCAGCAUUUAAUGGUCAGGGAUCUUUGAUAGACAUUCUUUGUAAACAUGGGUGUCUCACUGAUGCUACAGAUUAUCUAGGUUGUACACCACUACAUCUCGCUGCACAGAAAGGCCAUCAAAAUAUCAUUUUGCUGUUGGUACAUUUUGGUGCUGAUAUUAGUGCUGUAGAUAAUGAGGGAAAUACAUCACUACAUUUAUGUGCUAAAAAUGGUCAUGAAGAUUGUGUUAAAGCAAUACUAUUUCUGGACAUAUUGAAGAACAAGUUAAAUGUGAAUGCACAGAAUGAUAUGGGAGAUACACCGUUACAUAUGGCAGCUAGAUGGGGCUAUGAUGGUAUAGUAAAUUUUCUGCUGGAGUCGGAGGCGGACCCUCGUGUGAGGAACAGGAAACGUCAAACACCUUAUAAUGUUGCUCAAAAUGCUGACAUCAAGAAAAAGUUACAGGCAGUCCUGAAUGACCCUCCGCCUUUAAUUAUUAGACAACCUGUGAAGCCAGCAACCUUGCCUGUUCAAAACCAUGUAACAAAGACUGCCCCAACCUCAGCACACAUCCCUACCCCCUCCUCCACCCCACAAACUGACCUAGGUAGCUCUACCAGACAAACACAGGAUAAGACACCCCUUGGAUUUGAAGUAAUAGAUGUGAAGGUUAGACCUCCAAUACAACUGGUAGAUAACUCUAGUAGUGAAAUGAUGUCCCCAACUACACCGGCAGUUGCCUCCCUUGAUCAGACAGAUUUGAAACAGAUUGAAAAACUCUACAAAGCAAUAGCAAGCAGGGACUUACCUUUGGUGGAGUAUUAUUUUGGCUGGGUAGAUUCAUCCAGUUCAUCAGAAGAUAGUCCUGUUUCCCCGCCGACAACCCCAGUACUAACAGAGAAUAUAGCCGCCAAACUUUGCCACCCAUUGUGCCAAUGUGAUAAAUGUAAACAUAUACAGAAAUAUUUGUUGUGGAAUGUAAACCCUGGAAUGCAUUCCAGUGUGAACACAUUACAUGUAAACUGUCAGAACAAGAAAGGGUUUGCUCCCCUGCAUAUAGCUGUGAUAGAGGAUUAUAUGGAAGUACUUCGGUUACUGUUGAAGAAAGGAGCAUUUGUCAAUGUACAGACACAUAAACAUAUAACACCGUUACAUCUUGCCUGUUACCAUAAUCAGACUGAGAUGGUAGAAUUGUUAGUUAAGAGUGGAGCUGAUGUUAACAUACGAGACCAGCAUGGGGAGAUAGCCUUACACCUAGCUGCUGCCAAAUGUAACCUUCGUACUGUUACAUUCCUCUUACAGCGCUCAAGCACAGUAAACCUUGGAAAUGUGAAUGGGAACACUACACUACAUCAUGCUGUAUGUACAGGAAACCUAGACAUUAUAGGCAUCCUCUUAAAGUAUGGGGCCAAUCCUGAUGCGCUUAAUAAACACCACAAGUCUCCUGCAGAUAUGACAAAGGAUCCUGUGAUAUUAGAUAUGUUGAAAAAGAAAUCUGAGGAGUUACGCAACAAGUUGACCCCUGUAACCCCUACAAUCCAACAGACAUCAGUACCAAAAUCUGAGUCUGCUCCAGAACAUCUUAGAGAUAAACAACAACAACAACAACAAGGAAAUGAAAAACUGAGAAAAAUGGUUUCCAAUGUUGAAGACAAGCAUCUAAAUACGCUACAACAAAUUGGUCAAGGAAUAAAAAAAAAUUUGACAGACAAAGAAAACUUAAGAGAAGUCAGACUCUUAAAAACUAGCUUUAUUCCAUUACAACCACUUUUGAUAAAGAGAAAAGUUUUACGAAAGGCUCAGACGUUAGAUAGGACGUCCUUGAGUUUAAAGUCAUUAGAACAUUCCAUGUCUAUACAGCACUUUGAUUUCCACAGUUUAAAAGAUGUGGAGUCUGUAGAUAAAAGUAGUCCUCUUCAUUUAUAUUCAUUAACAAGAACUUUUAGUUGCUAUAGUGACUAUUCUGAUACACCCACUGAAAGAACAACACAAAGAUAUACAGCGGAGGUAACUCUGAUUUUACUGAAAGAACUAUUGAAAAGGUAGAAUAUUCUGU